AUGGUGUUGUCGUUAAUGACUAUCUUGGCACUGCUGCCACAUUCGCAAUAUACCGAACAUUUGAGGAAGAUUGAGAUAGGAGGGACGAGUAUAAAUGAUGUUACGGUUGGAUUAUGGGAUUGGGCGAGUGGAGAUGAUGAUGGAGAGGGGGAUGAAGGAGUGAGAUUGGUGGUUUUUGGGGAUAGUUGGGUUGAUGAUAGGAUUGAGAAGAAUGGGGAUGGAAAGGGGAGAAGUUGGACAGAGGUUCUUUGUGAAGAGUUAGCAUGUACUUCGCAGAUUAAUUUGGCCGCUUCACAACCAGCAGCUUCAUAUCCAUCAUCUCCACCCACAGGAGCCUUCGCAUCCAAUAAAAUAUACCUUUCCUCGAUCAAAAAUACCAUUGGGCAAAACAACCCCGAGACGAAGUUAACCUCCGAAGCCAUGCUCCCUGAUCUCGAAGCCCAAGUCAAAUCCUUCAUCGCCCUCCCCCGAUACAAAAAGAAACUCAAGGAAACCAUAUUUGUCCUCUCAUUCGGAACAUGGGACGUAUGGCAUUACGCCGCUCUCGAUUAUGCACAAGCUCAAGAUGCGCAAAACAAGGCCGUCAAGGAAAUGUUCGCCCAACUCGAUACUUUAUAUGCGCAUCAUAGGGAAACACUCGAAGCUACACAUGUGAUUGAGAAACCACACAAUGAAUCUCAUGUGGUGCCCAAACCACAAUUUAGGGUGGUCAUCCCGAAACUUUUCGAUCCUACAAUGUUACCCGGAUGGUUAAGUCAGAGACCGGUUCCUUUGAAACCGGAUAGCGUGGCGGAAAAUCAGAAGAAUGCCAUUUAUUUAUUGAGGGAUUGGGAUAAUAAGGUGGAAAAUAGUAUUCAACCUUGGUUUGCUAGUACACCAGAAGCUACCACGACGAAUGAAUGGACGGAACUUUCUCCAGACACAAUAUCAUCUGAGGAUGAAAAAGAAAAUGAAGCAAUCACGGAAAUAUUUGAACAAAAUGAUCAAGAAAAUAAAUCUCAAACCCCGCGAGAAGAAUCAGGAGAAAAGGCGCAAAUUCAACAGGAAAUCCCUCCUCCGCAAAAAGAUAUCUAUUAUUAUGAUCUCAAUAGAUUCCUGACCGAAAUUAUAUUGGAACAUCAAUUAGAAGAUGAAGGAUUAUCCGAUGCAUCGGGUCUGGGUACCAAGGAAUCUCCGUAUAUCUCGGUAUAUGAUCCUUGUGUAAGAGAAGGGAGUGGGAGCGGGGGUGGGAAUAGAAGGGGGAAUGAAAAGGAUAUUCAUGGCAUGCUAGUCUGUGAAGCGCCGGAUGAAUAUCUUUUCUGGGAUGCCUUUGGGAUGGGGAGUAAGGCGAAAGAGAGGGUAGGGAGGGAAAUCGCAAAUAUGGUUAAGGGGGGGAAGACGUUGAGGGCGGCUUGGGGGGAUGGGAGGGUGCCGGGGGUGGGGGUGGGGGUGAGUGUUUGA